UAAACUUUUGGAAAGUGGGGGUUUGAAGCACGUCACCCUGAUGUCACCCUCAUGGAAGUUCUUCCUGUCUUCUGUGCUCUGUGUGGCCCUUUUUCAUCUAAUUUCGGGUCAGAGCUGCUCGGAGCACUGUAAAGCAUGCGGGGGCCUAGAGAAAGACCAGUGCCUUCAGUGCCACACCGGAUUCAUCCUGCAUGACAACCUGUGUGUGGAUAUCGAUGAAUGUGGUACUGAUCUGGAUCUGUGUCCCGACAACACAUACUGCUCAAACACCCAUGGCUCUUAUGAAUGCAAAGGAUGUGAUAAGGCCUGUGUUGGUUGUAUGGGUGCAGGACCUGCCCGCUGUAGGAAAUGUGCUGCUGGUUACAGAUCAUCAGGCAUGAGAUGCAUAGAUAUAGACGAGUGCGCUGAGGAGGUGUUGGCCUGUCCUGGGGUCAGUAUGUUCUGUGAAAACACAGAGGGCUCUUUUCACUGUCAGUGUGCGGUGGGUUACACACGCAGAGGCGACACCUGUGAGAGGAGCCAGACAACAGCAUCUGAAGAAAAGGGUCUUUUUGACGAUAUUCAGGAGGAUGAGAUUGAGGUCCUGCAGCAGAUGUUCUUCGGUGUUGUGCUGUGUGCAUUGGCCACGUUGGCGGCUAAAGGGGACUUGGUGUUCACCUCCAUCUUUAUGGGGGCAGUGGCAGCCAUGGCUGGAUACUGGCUCUCUGAUAAAAGCGAUCGAUUGAUAGAUUCCAUCUUGAAGGUGAGAUAAAUGUAAAGCUAUCUGCAGUGCCACUUUCUACAAAGUCUACUAUUUUUGAGCUGGGCCAUUUCUUACACCAUAUGAUGGUAUGUUCACACACACAGCUCAAGGAAGCUGCUAGAAGCAACAUUUUUGUGUGGUUUCAAAAAUAAUGCAAUGAGCCACAAUAGGCUGUCUAUUACUGUGAUUUUACUAAUGCAUGGCCUACAGUUGGCUUAUUGCAUUUAUAUAAAGGCAGCAACAGCAAUAUGUUCAAGAAGUAUAAUGAGCAUGAACUGUUCAUACCCCAUAUGGUUUUUAGUUUGACUAGCAAUGUGAUAACUUGGUGUAUUCUUAUUUCACUUACAAGUUGACUACUGCAAAUUGGGAAUCAUUUGUUUUUGAGUAUUAAUUUGGGCACUGGCAACAAAAUCCAUCUGAUGUCAUUUUUUAUUGUUGCCUUUACAUUUUUAGUAGCCUCCAGGUAUAUAUGUUGUAAUAAUGUAUUUGUGAGUGUACAUAAUGUUUAAAAGUUUGGUUUGAUAAGUUUUUUUAACAUCUCUUCUGCUCAUCAAGGCUUUAUUUGAUAAAAAAUACAGUAAAAAAGGGGGCAUAUAUUUUUACAAUUUAGAAACUGAUGUCUAUAUUGUAAAAUGUAGUUUAUUUUUAUAAUGAAAGUUUAAUUUUCAUCAUUACUCCCAGUGUCACAUGAUCCUUCAGAAAUCAUUAUAUUAUGCUGCUCAAGAAAUAUUUCUUAUUAUUAAAGUUAAAAAUGUUUAUAAUUAAUAUUUGCAUUUAAAAAAUAAAAAAUGUAAUUUAUAUUUUUUGUGGAAAGUUGGUAGCAUUUUUCCCAAGAUUCUGUGUUUCAUAGAUAGUAAAAAUAAUAAUAAUAAUACAAAUAAAUAAAUAGAAUUUAAUUAAAAACAAACCAGCCAAUAUUUAUAAUUUACAUUUUUGUCCUCUUUAAUGUCUCUUUUGAUCAAUUUAAAGUGACUUAGCUAAAUAUUAUUAUUAUUUUUUUUUUAAUCUUAAAGAACCAAACUUUUGAACAGUUAUGCAUGUAACAGCAAUGCACAGUGUAUUUUUAUGAGGACAAACACUCUUUGGACUUCGACUAAUAAAGACUUUUAUUUGUUUUUAAAUGAAACAGAGCAUAUCUCAAAAAGAAAGUCACUUUUAUUUAA